AUGAAUAGAGUUUGGCGAUUUAUACUUCUCGAUACAGUGAGAUAUCGAUUAAAAUUACUAAGAAUCAGAUUGGAAGAGGACCCGAGAUGUAAUUAUUAUUUAUAUGUCAAAGAUAUGAGAAAUUAUACGGAGAAUAAAAUAAAAUUUUGCUUACAUUUGUAUAGACGUAUCGCUGAUAUGGUUGAUUUAAUUACACCUGAACUUUUAAAUGGAUCAAUAUUUGUGAGUGUGGUUUGCAGUUUGCCUAAAUUGAUUAUAAAUGUAUAUCAUAUACUAUUGGUAUUUGAAGGUCACGAGGAGACAUUUAGUGCAGGCUUUAUCGUAAUGCACAUUUUUCAAAUAUGUUUCUUCAUAUUCUCUCCAUGUAUCGUUGUCGAAAUGUAUGCUAUGGAAGUGGAGAAAAUUAGGUUAUUUUUAAUGCAUCGAUUGAUUGAUGAAAAAGGUAGGUUUUCUACAAACUUUAACAAAGAAGAUCUUCAUAUUUUUUUUGACUACACAUCAAUAAGAACAUUUAGGUACAAAAUCUGGCGAUGUUUUCCAGUUAAUAUAUGUCUACCCAUUGAUAUUGCAAGUAUUUGUACUUCUUACGUCAUCGUUUUAAUUAAUUUCACACAUCUUUACGGCUAG